CAGCACAGUUGCUCUGAGUCACGCCACUUCUGGAACUAAGGAAGGGCCUCUUGUUUCGAAGCAACCCAGUUGCCUGGACACAGUCUUGGUGACUGGUUGGACCGACUGACUGGAAACUACAAUAGGUAAAGCGAUGUCGACGGGAGAUAGCGAAGGAAACAGCGGCUCGGAACAGCAGUACGAAACCGAAGUGAGUAAAGCUCUCCUGCCUUCUCUCUACUUGCAGGGUUUUGUCUUCAUUUUAUCACAUAUUUGAAUACAGAGGCGCAGGUCACUUCAAAAAUGACCACAGUUUUGUUUUUUUAUUCAAAGAUCAUUAACAGAUAAAUCUCUUAAUAUUCUUUUCAGCUCAGCCCCCUAUGGCGAUCGUCGUUGCCGACAGCAGGCAAUUUAACGAUACUUGAGGCUUCAGUGCCUCUGAAAACCCUUGUAAUUCCAAGUGGCAAAAUAUCGUGAAACGAAAUCAGUGCGCAGAUAUCGAUAGAUGUCUGAAUGAUGUGGAAAACUAUCCAAACAAUUUCACGAUCUGAUGAAACGUUUCCGGAUGCUUUCAAAUGUUGUUUUCUCUUUGGUAUAUUCUCAGUGAUGAUAUUUUUUGUGAACGGAGUACUAAGCUCUUAAAAUAAUCUAUAUUCUCUUUUUAUUUUUUUCUUUUACAUGAAAAUGGCAAUCUUGAAGAGUUUAUAAAUAUAUCAUACUUCACUCCCAUGAAUUUAAGGCUGUACAAAUAAUGAUACUGAACGUAAACAUAUCUAGAGGCAUAUACAUACAGUACGAGAAUAGGUCUAUUUCCCCUACACAUAGAUUUUACAUAUCUAUAUCUAUAGAUGGAUAUUUAUAUACAUACUAUAAACUUCAUGAGAUCAUUUCUUAAUACGACCCAAGCUGUAAAUUACAUAUAUAAGGAUGGGAGUCAUUUUUAAAAAGCUGUAUGGUCUGUUCUUCUUUUAAAUCUAUCUGCACGUUUUGCUUGUGGUGGAGGUGGGAUACGCGUUUUUGGAUUUUCAUCCUCAUUCUUAAUUCAUUCAUUAAUCGAGAAUCAAUUCCUUUCUUUGGUCCGAUGAUUGUCCUCGAUUUGUCUCAUGUUUUCAAUUCAAAUCAGGCCUUUGAUCGAGGGAAUAACUUUCAGAAUUAACGUAGCCUUGUGAAAGAGAGACUUCAUAUAUAUAUAUUAAAGUUGAAAGAUGAAUCCAGUAUACCAGACCUUCAUCCUCCUCCUAUCCAUCUUAGCAGGGAAUCUGCCUCCAACAACGAGUCACUCAUCACUGAUGUCCCAGACUACGAGAGCAACUGGGCCACCAACGACCUCUCCAGCCUCUUCAGAUUCAACCACAACAACCUAUCCAGCCUCUUCAGAUUCAACCACAACGACCUCUCCAGCCUCUUCAGAUUCAACCACAACGACCUCUCCAGCCUCUUCAGAUUCAACUACAACGACCUCUCCAGCCUCUUCAGAUUCAACCAUAACGACCUCUCCAGCCUCUUCAGAUUUAACCACAACGACCUCUCCAGCCUCUUCAGAUUCAACCAUAACGACAGUGCUAGUUUCAAAAACAACUUCCACACCAGAUUCAACCACAACGACAAUGCCAGCUUCAACCAUAACGACCACACCAGUUUCAACCACAACUACUACACCAGAUUCAACCACAAUGACUAUGCUAGGUUUAACCACAACGACCACACCAGUUUCAACUACAACUACCACACCAGUUUCAACCACAAUGGCCACACCAAUUUCAACCACAACGACAAUGUCCAGUUCAACCACAACUACAACACCGGUUUCAACCACAAUGACAAUGCCAGGUUCAGCCACAACUACAAUGCCUGAUUCAACUGCAACGACCACACAAGGUAUAACCACAACGACAAUACCUGAUUCAACCACAAUGACAAUGCCUGGUUCAACCACAACCACAACGACCAAACCAGAUUCAACCACAACUACAAUGCCAGGUUCAACCACAACAAUCACUUCAAUUUCAACCACAAUUACCACACCAGAUUCAACCACAAUUACAAUACCAAGUUCAACCACAACUACCACACCAGGUUCAACCACAACUACCACACCAGGUUCAACCACAACUACAAUGCCAGGUUCAACCACAACUACCACACCAGGUUCAACCACAACUACAAUGCCAGGUUCAACCACAACUACCACACCAGGUUCAACCACAACUACAACACCAGGUUCAACCACAACUACAAUGACAGGUUCAACCACAACUACCACACCAGGUUCAACCACAACUACCACACCAGUUUCAACCACAACUACAAUGACAGGUUCAACCACAACUACCACACCAGGUUCAACCACAACUACAAUGCCAGGUUCAACCACAACUACCACACCAGGUUCAACCACAACUACCACACCAGUUUCAACCACAACUACAAUGCCAGGUUCAACCACAACUACCACACCAGGUUCAACCACAACUACAAUGCCAGGUUCAACCACAACUACCACACCAGGUUCAACCACAACUACCACACCAGGUUCAACCACAACUACAAUGCCAGUUUCAACCACAACUACAAUGCCAGGUUCAACCACAACUACCACACCAGGUUCAACCACAACUACAAUGCCAGGUUCAACCACAACUACCACACCAGGUUCAACCACAACUACAAUGCCAGGUUCAACCACAACUACAAUGCCAGGUUCAACCACAACUACCACACCAGGUUCAACCACAACUACCACACCAGGUUCAACCACAACUACCACACCAGUUUCAACCACAAGGACGAUGCCAGGUUCAACCACAACUACCACCCCAGGUUCAACCACAACUACAAUGCCAGGUUCAACCACAACUACCACACCAGGUUCAACCACAACGAACACACCAGUUUCAACCACAACUACAAUGCCAGGUUCAACCACAACGACCACACCAGGUUCAACCACAACUACAAUGCCAGGUUCAACCACAACCACCACACCAGUUUCAACCACAAUGACGAUGCCAGGUUCAACUACAACUACCACACUAGAUUCAACCACAACUACAAUGCCAGGUUCAACCACAACUACCACACUAGAUUCAACCACAACUACAAUGCCAGGUUCAACCACAACUACCACACUAGAUUCAACCACAACUACAAUGCCAGGUUCAACCACAACGACCCCAAGCAGUUGCAACCCGACGCGUGCCUAUUGCCCAAACUGCGGUGUGGCCCCAAUCAACGUGGAUGCCGGAAUCUCUAAUGGGCAGCCUGCCUCAGUGGAUGAGUAUCCUACCAAGUGUCAAUAAUGGGAAUGAGCCUCGACGGUUCUCGUAAUACUGUGAAGGAGCUCUCAUCAUGGCAAAUUGGAUUCUCACCUCUCUGACUUGCCCAUUUCGG